GUUGAGGAGACGAGCGAGGAAAGGUGUGUGUGUGUGUGUGUAGCCUCUCCGUGAAGAUGAACGAGCUCAGGCAACUGUGGACUGCCAAGGAUUUUCUGUUACAGUGCUCCCCGCUGAUCAUAUACCGCCAUGUUCACUGCCAACACAAUACUUUAUAAGUGAUGAUGUGUGGUGCGCGUCUGUGAGAGGUGUAUAGUGAACGAUAUAUAUAGGUGUUGGUGACAAAGUGGACAUUGUUUAAAAAUAUUAACAGCAAAAAAAAAAAGUGCGUAGAAUAAGGUAUUACCGUUACUUAGUUUAACCUGUGAUAUAAUAACCGGAGUAACUCUAGUCAUUCUUCAUGUGUACUGCGACAUAGACUGUCUCUGUCAGACUUAAUAAUUAAGUCUUGAAUAGAGGAACUUGAUCACACAACUCCGCCACCAUGGUUAAGGACUUCUUAACUCGGAGUAAAACACCGACACUUCCUAAUGAAGAUAUCUACGCCAAGCUUCGAGAGGGAGGAAUCUGCCCUAACUGCAGGAUGCCGUUCGACAAGGGCAAGAAGAGGAAGCUGAUCGACCAGUGUGGGCACGAGAGAUGCUACUCCUGCCUUUUCAAGUCCGAGACCUGCCCGAUAUGUGCACUGCAAGCACCGCCCAAGAAGUUGCAGCACUCGCAGUCUCGGUCUUCACUGUCACCCCCAGCAGUAGGUGGCACUGGCCGAUCUAAGCUCCUCACAAAUGGCACCUUCACUUCAUACUUCAAAGGAGGUGGAGAUCCCGGCCUUCCUCCAGAGCGACCAUCUCCCUCUCGCUCUGUGUCUCCUCGACGAAAUACCCACGUGUCCCAAGUCCAUACCCUGAGUCCUCUGUAUGCCUCAUCCUCCCCUGUGGGUUUGAGUCACGGGACACUCACUACCCUGUGCUCCCCUGUUGUUGGGUGUGGGAGAGAGACCUCCUAUGGCACACCACCCAUGUACUCCCGCCUCGCACCCUCACCGGCUCCUCCCAAGAGUGUGGGUGGGACGCCCGCGAGUGCUCGGCGACGGGGGGGUGUCAGUCCUCGUGGCCCCCCCCUAUCUCCUUGGUCCAGACGUGUCCCUCGACCUAACACCGUCAACGUGGACUCGUCACACCAUCUAACAGCGCUCCUCUCCUCGGCCGAAAAGAAGAGCUCCAAAAAUAUCAGUCUUGCUCGCAGGAUAAAGUCACUUUGGAGUAUAGAUGAUGAGUGUGAUGGGGACACAGAGGCAACAAGUGGAGGAAGUGGUGAGGCAGCAGAGGCCAAGGAUGGUGAAGACCUGUAUAUGCGCCUUGGUCUUCUGCUGGGUGAAGGAGCCACCCCACCAGCCUCUGCCGCUAGGCCGCCCAGAGCUGCCUCCUCUCAUACCUCCUUUAGUUCACUCUCAGCGUCUUCAGAGGUGAACACAACAGCCUCUAAUAACACCAGUCCAGUCUCAACGUUAAAUGGUUCCUCAGAAGCUGAGUUAAGGCUUCCAGGUGGUAGAGAUCCAUCAGUGGAGAGCAUGAACUCCUUUAUAUCUCAUGGAGCUGUGUCCCCCACCACCACUCCACGAAGACACUCAGUUACCACAUCACAGCCAGGCCAGGUGGAAGAGUUGAGCCUGUUUGGAAGACGAAGAUCCUCUGUCCGACGCUCAGCACGUAAUGCACAUGUGAAAGGCCCGAUAGACCCCAAAGUGCGAUUUGCCAGUUACCGAGGUGCACAGCUGAGCUUACGACCAUUGUUCUUUGAGGUGCCCCAACAGGACCCAGAUCCACUGUUUGUUGGCCGUGCCUGGCUCUAUCGAGAGAUUGAAGCCCAUCUUACUGCCGAGGCCCCGACCAAUAGGGGUGUCAUAAUUACUGGCAGUGUGGGGGCAGGAAAGACAGCCGCUAUUCUCCAGAUGGUUGAGUAUAGUUGUUUUGGCCGCAAGAGGGAUGACUCCAUCUACCAAGAUCCAUACAGUAAAGGUGGAGGGUCACUGUACGGCCGUGUUAGCUUAAUACCAGAAGGUGUAAAAUCCUUGGCAUCUCGAGUUGUUGCUUACCACUUCUGCCAAGCGGAGAACUCAGUGACUUGUCUCGUUCCUGACUUUGUUCACUCCAUUGCUGCUCAGCUGUGCCAGGCGCCACAGCUUCAUGCCUACCGCGACCUGUUAUUGGCCGAGCCACAGACGCAGGGACUGUUGGCAUUGCCGGCAUGUGUGAGUGAUCCAUCCACAGCAUUGGUGAAAGGUAUUUUAGAGCCGCUACACAAUCUCCGCAGGCUGGGUAAAGUGGGAGCAGAUCCACUCAUCAUUGUGGUGGAUGGCCUAUGUGAGGCAGAAUACCAUCGUCCAGAUCAUGCAGACACACUUGCUUCAUUCCUUGCCCGUCAUGCCGUUAAACUGCCAUCUUUCGUCAAACUGAUAGUGAGUGUUCGUACUCAGCUGGCUGACUUGACACGCCUUCUGCCCUUCCAUCGAAUAUCUCUUGACCCAGAUCAGCGUGCAGACCCCGCUGCAGACCUUGCUGCCCGUGACCUCUGUGAUUAUGUGGGUUUCCGGUGUGUGCAUUCCCCCACCAUAAGAUCAAAUAUCACAGUGACACAGGGGAAGAUAGAAGGAGGCUCUUCUCAACACCGUUUUACUCAGUAUGUGGUCACUCAGAGUAAAGGUUCCAUACUGUACAUCAAGCUCAUUUUGGAUUUGAUUGAGCGAGGUCAUCUUGUCAUGAAAUCUGGUUCUUUCAAAGUUCUCCCACAGUCCCUAAAUGAGAUCUUUCUUCUUUUAUUUAAUCUUAGAUUCCCCAGUGUAAGAAGCUUUGAAAAGAUUCAACCUAUUCUUAAUGUUGUUUUAGCAUCUCUUAACCCACUUACACUUCCUGAAAUGUAUCAUUCUGUUAAUGCUGGACUCCUCUACAAGUUCCUGUCCUGGGAUGAAUUUAUCAAUUGUUUCAAGGUGUUAAGUUCUUUCUUGGUAAAAAGACUGGAUGACACUUACAUGCUGUUCCACCCAGCACUUCGUGAGUGGCUAGCAAGACGUGCUGAAGGAGAAUCUGCCAAGUUUGUUUGUGACACAAGAGCUGGUCAUGCAAACUUGGCUCUUCGCAUGUCUCGCCUUGAGUGGCCAUUGGAUCCUGAAGCUUCCUUAGAAUUAGGCCACCACAUACUGAAGGCGCACGUGUACAAGAACAUGGCACGGGCCCUGCCUCUAUCUCCCCGUGAUCUGCAGGCCCUCUGGCUGGCGCAGUCUUCACACAAUGUAUCACAGGCACUUGCAUGCACAAGAAAUCUCUACAGUCCAAACACCAAGGUUUCAAGAUUGUUGUUACUUGCGGGUGCCUCACCAGACUACCCAAGUGAACACAUUCAUAACUCACCCAUUUUAGGAGUGUGUGCUCACCAGGGUCACACAGAGAUGGUGGCUCUUCUCAUAGAGUUUGGUGCAGAUGUGAAUCAGACCAACAGUGAAGGAGCAACAGCACUGGGCCUGGCAUCUGCACAAGGCCAUUGUGAUGUAGUGAGACUCCUUGUCCAGGCUGGAGCAUCACUCACAUCCAAGGAUCGCCAGAAUCACACUCCUAUGGUCCAAGCUGCUGCUGCAGGUCAUCUAAAUGUGGUUGGUUAUCUUUUAUCCUGUGACUGGCCAGGACCAAAUGAUCUGCUGAGAAAUCAGUCACAUCAAGCUCUUGUUGCUGCUGCUUCCAAUGGACACAGUAAUGUCGUGGAGUUUCUUUUGGACAUGGCAGAAGUUAGUGUAGAUGGUGAAGACAAUGUGACUGGAGAAACAGCUCUUACAGUUGCUGCUGGUGCAGGACACACAGUAAUGGUAGCAGCCUUGCUGAGAGCUGGAGCCAGUAUAACCAAAGCAAACUCGCGAGGAGCAUCUCCACUCACUUGUGCCGUACGUAACGGCCAUUAUGAAGUGGCUAAAUUACUCCUCAGUCAAGGCGUUGCUGUAGAGAGCCCAGAUGCUGCUGGCCGCACACCUCUCAUGGUUGCUGCUGCGGAGGGACAUCUAGGCCUUAUGGAGUUGCUCAUUUCACGAGGUGCCUCUAUAACUCGAACUGACAGAGAAGGUCUUUCCCCACUUGGCUGGGCCUGCCUGCGUGGUCAUGUUCAUGCUGUCCAAUAUUUAGCUGAUUGUAAUGCUGACUUGAAUCAUGCUGAUAAGUCUGGUCGUACACCACUCGAUCUUGCUGCCUAUCAGGGUGACCCCAUUGUGGUACAGUUCCUACUUGACAGAGGAGCAUUGAUAGAACACGUAGACAUCAAUGGUAUGAGACCCCUUGACCGUGCCAUCAGUGCUCGCAAUGCCGCAGCCGUGCAGUGCUUCCUGCGACGCGGCGCUAAGCUGGGCCCUGCCACUUGGGCAAUGGCUGCGGGCAAGCCAAAUAUUUUGGUAAUGUUACUUAACAAGCUUCAGGAAGAUGGAGUGGCACUGUGCCGCAAGGGCCGUUUAAAAGAGGCUGCUCACCGCUUCUCAUAUGCUCUCCGCAAGCUGCCCACUGGAGAUCAGGGUGAACACACUGCCACCUUCACUCAUCUCCGUUUACAUCUCACACUCAAUCUCUCUCGCUGCAAAAGAAAAAUGAAUGAAGUAGAAGAGGCUAUCCAGCUAGCAGAUGCUGCCCUGACGAUAAAGAGUGACUCUUAUGAAGCCUACUAUGCCCGUGCCCGGGCGAAACGAGAGGCCAAAAAUCUGCAGGAGGCUCUAGAAGAUGUGAACGAAGCUGUAAGAUUGGCUCCCCAGACUCGUGACGUACGUCGUGUUCUUAUCAAGAUCCGGGAUGAGAUGCAGACAGAGCUGGACACCUGUGCAUCCACCGACCUUGCACAGCUCCGUCAGCUGGCAGCCUCUGUUGACACCCUGUCUGAAGCUGACCUACCUAUGACUUCCAGCAUUCUCUCUGAGUCUGGGUAUUCCUCCAACAUCUAAAGAAAACUCUUAUAUCCUACUUAAUGGCUCCUAUAACAAGUCAUUUCGUUUCAUGAGAGGAUGGUCAACCACAAAAUUAUGCAGACCCUCUGAAUUUAGGAGUCAUUAGUCUCCCAAUACCAUCAAAUUGGGGAGAAUAUUGAUAAGGAUCUGAUUUAGAAUUUGCUUGCUAAGAUUCUUUACAUGUGUGAACAUAUUUCAAUCCCUGUGUAGCAAAUAUCUGAGCCAAGAUGUGUCCAGAACUGACUCCAUCAUGACCUUGUUUCCAUAUAUUUUAUUUGGAGAUGAAAGUUAACCCUAAUAAUUCCAUUUCAAGAAUUCCACUUGAUAUGAGAUGUACCCACAAGAUUCAUGAGCCUUUUGGAAGAAGAUAGGAUAUUAUCACUGCAGUUCCCAUUAUUUCUCCCAUAGUGCUUGUGCUUCUUUGUUGUCUUUGUAAUCUGUUGCAUUUAAAUGCCCCUUUUUAUCCAUAGUAUGUAUUUAUUUUGCUACUUACAAACUAUUUUUUUUUCAAAAGGCUCAUGUUAGUGGACACUUUCUUUCCAGAUUGUGACUGUAUAUCCACACUAAUGGUUUGAAGACCAUUUGCGACUCACCUGAAAAAGCUGGUUGAGUCUCACUGAACACCUUGCUGAGACUCGCCUCACAUUGACCUCUUGAUUUGGACUCGUGUAAAAAAAUGGAAGCCAGGGCUCUAGCUUCAUUGUCCUUGCAAAUAUUUACAUAAUUUGGCUCUUACUCUGGCUCCAUAUGUAAAUGUGAUGUGUCUAGCAAUUGUGAUCCAAGUGCAACCCUUCAUUAAGCUUUCCUUUUCUCAGAGAACUGACAAAAUUAAAAUGUGAAGAGGUGCACAAGGGCUUAAUUGCUGCUGCACAUCGCUGUUAAGGAGAGUGGCUAGACCAGCGUGUAGACCCACCAGCCCACUAACAUCUGUAGUAGGUGUGCUCACUCUUAUACCAGUGUUGCCAAGGAAAAGAGGCAAAAUGAACUCCAUUAUUUAUUACGUGACAAAGUUCUUUAAUUUCUUAUAAAAUACAUGUUAUUGUAGUAAUGCGGAGGAAGACAUCCAUAAUUAAUGACUAUUUUAUAAUUCAUAGCUCUUCCUUUUACUUGGCAAUACUUCACUAUCCUGCAUGCCUAAGUCGUGGCUCUAACAUCCUUGAGAGUACUGUACCAUUUGUCUUAGUCACCAAGUGAAAAAGUCAGUGCUUGUGGUACUAGAAAAUUAAAAAUUAAAUAAAAAGUGUGGUUAUACCUAGAUCAGUAUGAAAUCUUGAAUGUGUGACAGUAUGACUGUAUCUUUUUAUAUGUUUGAUGUUGAAACUUUUUGAAUGACCAAGUAUGACAGGAGGAUGUAUUUUAGUGGCCCGUUUGCUUGUGGUAUGUUCAUGUCCUAUUAUGUUACUACUUUGUUCAUGGCAUCACAGAGUAGAUGAAGUAAUAUAUGAAUCUGUCUGUGACUUCGUGAACUGGUUCAUGUUGGAGGGAGGCAUAACAUAACUGGUGUGAUCACUUCAUUAUUUCUAAACAAUCACUUCAUUAUUUCUAAACAAAUCUAAGCAAACGUUUAUAUAUUUUCUCCAUAACAUUAUUUAAAUGUUCUUAACAUUUUUGGUGUAUCACUACUACCAUCUAAGCAUCCUUUAAAUAUCAAAGUGUCCUUAUUAAUGUUGUAUAAAGUGUCUUUAUGUGUAUGAUUAGUGUUACAUGUGUAUUGGCCUUCUGUGUUGUGCCUCCAUCCUGUCCCCCCCCCCCCGGAGUGUUCCCUUGUGAGUACCGCUCGUGACCUGGCCAGGAGACAGAACCAAGUUGACGACAAAGAACCUCGGGUGCCUAGGCUCCACACUAACAGUUUGGGGCUUCAGCAGUGGUGUGUUUGGGAGAGCCUUGUGCAUCCUGAUCGGUUUCUGCUUGUGUUGGUUCCUCCUCUUGCCAGUAAACAAUUGGCUUUCCUAAUUGGUCCUACAACUCCCACACUCAGCAAUAGUCAACUGGAUAGAUCAACUCCGACAUGGCCCCAAUCAUCACAAAAAUACAGGUAGACCUCUUUAAUUGUCAAAGAGGACUUUACUGAGUGUGCAGACACCAUUCCUAUAUGUUGAUAUAUAGGAAACUUAGGUAAGUAGUUGAAGACUACACAGUGUUAUUGUGUAGUAGAACAUGGAAAAAUUCCAUGUGUUUUUUGGGGUCGUCGGUUUACGUUUACUGUGUGAAUUCUUUUAAAUUCUUCAAUGUACAGUAGACAUUAACUAAAAAGGCAUAGGGAUAGAUAUGUAUAGAAUGAAUGAUGCCCAUGGCGAAAGUUGCUAGUCAUUUUAAUAGAAUUAAGAGUGAUGGUGAGGACAGGCAUAUUGCAGGAUGAAGCUUGUAUAAUGACUGUAUAGUGUACAAACACAAUAGCCAUAUAAUUGACCAUUUUUUAUUUGUGUUUUAGAAUUUAAGGAAGGAGUUUUUUCCUCAAUGUAUCUCAUAUUUGACUCCCAAAACAUGCAGGAUUUGUAGAAUAUGGUUCCAGGGGCUGUCUGUUUGAGUCCCAACUUGGUACAAUGGUUCCAGAGGCUGGUUGUUACGAGUCCCCUGGUACAAUGGUUCCAGGGGCUACGUGUUUAGGAGUGUCCCCUGGUACACUUUACAAAAAGUUCUGAAACAGCUGGGCACGACAGAUUUCAGAAUGAGUACUAUGGCUUGUGUCAUCUCAGAAUGGUUGGUAUGCCUGGUUACAAAGUGACUCAGUAUUUCAUAAUAAUAUAUGUUGCUCGUCUUUAUAGUAUUUACAGGUGAAAAGAAAUAACUUAAUUAGCAUAAAACUUCCUCUCAGCAAUGUUCAGAUUUCUCAGUCAUUGUGUCAUGUUGUAUGACUCUUGAAGUGUUCAAGAACUUUUUGUGGCAAGUGUACAAUGGUUUCAGGGGCUGGCUGUAUGAGUGCCCAUGGUACUGUAGUUUUUAUUCUGUGAAAAACUGUAGUAAUUAUAUACAGUAAUCACAUGUUAUAUGAUCUUGAUCUCUCUACAUUAUUCUGAUCAUGUAUGCUGCCAAAUUUCAUAUUGUAAUGUCUCUUCCAUAUGUUAAUAAAUGGUCUGCUAUGCAAUAAAUAUAUCGUGGUGAAAA